AUGAAGCAAUCUAGAUGCACCAACGCUUGGACCGAUAGGGAUAGCAAGCUACUACAUCCCGAUUGCCUAUCAACUAUCCGCUCCUUCGUCUCUGAACAAGAGCCUGGCGUGGAGCCUCUCGAGAUAUUUGGAGCUCGCAGUAAAAUCGUAGAAGUUGGCUAUGAUACAAUGGUAAAUGUUAGAACAACGUCUACUUCCACUUAUAAGAUAGUGCUGUGGUUCGAUCUGGAGCGUUUCCACGUCAAGGAGUUUGAGAAGCUCUAA